AUGGAUUACUUUCAACCACCAAAAGUUAUUCAUACAAGGCAUCAAUCCCUUCGAAAAUGUUGUGGAUGUGUGCAUCUCCGUGUCGGUGCUGGGAUCACAUGUGCAUUCUGGGCGGGGAUAUCGCUAUACUUUGCCGUUUUAUCAUUUCAAAACAAUAGUCCCUUCUAUUCAUACAUGGAGUCAGCGGCGUUAGUGGUGUAUGGAGUAGUGAACUUGACCUUGGCCAUGAUUGGGAUGCUGGGUUUAGGAGCCGUAUAUCUGGAUGUGUAUAGCUAUGUUCGUACAACAUCUCACGUGAUCAUGGUGGGGGUAGCAGCUGUGCUUGCCGACAGCCUUAUCAAUGCCAUCAUCUUUAUGACGUUACGGAGUAGCUAUAAUACAUGGUGUAUCGAUAAUGCUUCAAAUCGUUUUCAUACGGCAGUCAAUGAUACAGCAGCAGCCGACAUGUUGGACCAAGACUUUUACAACUGCGAUCGAGCAUGGCAGGAUGAACUUAAAUUUGGACUACUAUCAUUCAUGAUGAUGACAGCCUUUUAUGUUUAUUGGGCUGCAUGUUUCCGAUCUUAUCGUAUCAAGAAAGCAAUUCGAUUAUCACAGAUCAUGGGUAUACCGAUUGACCACCACGUGCCCUUACCGCAACAUCAGAUGUCCCAAAUUCAAGGCGGGCCUUUACUCGAUGAUCCCAAUAUGAUAAUGGCACGAGGGGGUGGUGGUGGGGGUGGAGCUCCACCACCUCCUCCACCUCCACCUCCCACUAAUAAUGCUAAUGUUGCUGGAAUGAAUGCUCCUCCACCACCAUUACCACACGCACCCCCUGGAGGAAAUCGUCCUAAUAUCAUUGUACUAAAUAAUCAACGGCCCAGUAAGAAUAAAGAGAACACACUUCUUUUACCCUUGUUUGCCAUGUCGCAACGCCAGCCGUUUGCCCAUUAUAAUAAUGGUGGCAACAAGCGUAAAUACACCUCACAAAACCUUGAUCGUCUCCUCUCUCGGGCACCACCACAAGCAAACUUUAAUAUCAACUAUGAGGCGUAUACUAUUCUGAUACCAAACUACUCCUUUGGGAAGCCUACAUUGCUCCCAGGUUCUGGAGGACUCAUGGCCAUUGCCAUUGGGAAACGAUUGAGCGAUGAGUUGCCAGUAUUAGCGAAAUUGUCACCCUACACCAUUCGACUUGAACGAGAGUACUACAUUGCACGACGAUUGUAUUCACAGCCUGAUGGCAAGCGGUACAUUCCUCAGGUGGUCGAACUAGUUACCUUGUCACAAGACGGCUUGACCGCCCUUAUUUAUGCCGACAAGGGUGCCAACGAUGACCUUGUCUAUUUGGAACAACGUUUCUUUUCACAUUAUCGCCUUUCUGUCAGUUCACCUCCAUUGCAACAAUACGAAGGCAAAUCAUCAUCAUCACCAUCAUCACCACCACCCAUCAAUACCAGCCCGAUACCUUCCUCUUCUUCUUGUUCUUACAACCCGUUAAUCGAUAUCAACACGUUCCUCAAAUUCGCCAUUGAAUGCUGUUCUUGUCUUCAAUUAUUACACUCAAACGGCAUCAUUCAUGGUGAAUUACGCCCUUCAGCAUUCCAUUGGCAUACAACAGAAGAUGAUGGCAUCACCGUCAAGAUAUGGAAUUUUGGUGCUGGUCUCAAGUCUUACGAGGACAUGCUAUUGACAAGUUCAGGAUGGCGACGUGCUGUCAUGGCAGCAGCUACGCAUGAUGACCUAUUGGACGACCCAACGAUUUUAGAUCCAUCCAGCCGAUUUCUUCCAACAUCUUCAACACGUGGUUUCCAACAUGCUCUUGCUUAUGUUAGCCCUGAACAAACGGGUCGUACCUCAAAUGUUCUCGACCAUCGCACCGAUCUUUAUUCAUUGGGCAUCAUGUUCUUUGUGAUACUUACCGGACAAACGCCAUUCGAAGGAUCUCCCAUGUCAGUCAUUCAAGCUGCCUUAUCACAAAAUGUGCCUCUUGUUCAUACCAUACGAUCCGAUGUACCAACAGCAUUAAGCUUGAUUAUUGAUAAAAUGACAAGGAAGGCAGUUGAUGAAAGAUACAAUAGUGCCUAUGGUGUACGGGAAGAUCUGAUCGAAUGUUUGAGACGAUUACAAGGAGAAGGAGAUGAAUCAUUGCUCUUUUUCCCUCUGGCGCUGCAUGAUAUUAAUUCUGUUUUCCAAUUUCCAAGCGCAAUCUUUGGUCGAGAACAUGAGAUUGAGUUGCUGCGAGCUGCCAUUUUAAGAUCAGCACAACGAGAAUACGAUCAAGUGUCAUCGACAUCCACUCCCACACGCAUAUCGUCACCUUUGGACAAGCCUUUAUCCGAAGUCAUCGUGAUCACUGGUCCAGGCGGUAUAGGGAAAUCCACCCUUGUAUCCGCCAUUCACAAUUACGCACGACAAUAUGGUUAUUUGGGAACAGCAAAAUUUGAUUCGAAUCAACAACGUCCUUACAAUGGCUUGCUACGAUGCCUAUCAUCCAUUCUACGCCAAUUACUCACCGAGUCCGAGACCGUCAUUCAAGACUUUUAUUGCGAUCUCAAACAGCAGCUGGGACCUCAUUUUAGUAACGUGCGGCUCAUGGUUGGAAUGGUGCCUGAACUCAAGCCGAUUCUCAGCGACCAUGAUCACAAUGAUUUGGAUGAGGAUAUGAUUCCCAAUGCUGAAAGUCGUUUUCAUGCGGUGUUCUUGAAUGUAUUACGCACGAUCACCCAAAAGAAGCCCAUCACACUGUUCCUAGAUGAUUUAUUGGAAGCUGAUGAAGCAUCUCUAUACCUUAUUUCAAGCUUGAUUGACGCCCGAAUCAAGAUGCUUAUCAUCCUCACAUGCCGAGAUGUCGAACGAUUACCCGAUUGUAUUCGAGAUGAGCUGGUACCUGAUAACGAAAUGCCCGACGCUCACGUGACGACCAUUAAGUUGGCACCUUUGGGUAUUGACGCGAUCCAUCAACUUGUCAACCAUACAUUGCAUCGUACACUUGACGCCGUUCGACCUCUUGGGGAAAUCGUUUAUCAUCGCACCCACGGCAAUCCUUUUUAUGCAAAGCAAUUUCUGUUGAUGAUGAAACGAAAGGGGGAUUUAUGGUUCGAUUGGGAUGAUAAGCAGUGGAAAUUUCGAUUGGACAAUAUUGCACAGAUUCUAUAUCCACCCAAACCAUCCAACAACCGAGGAGGAUCCAAUAACAGCAACAACAGCAACGAUCCUGGUUUCACAGGCGCUGUGCUUGACGUUCAACAUCUUGUAUCGUACCUCAAAGAGAUGGAUCAGCAUACGCAAGCCUUUCUCAUGUGGGCGAGCCUUAUCGGUAGUGCGUUUGAUUUUCGGCAGAUAAAGUGGCUCAUGGUUGCUACUGAUUUGUCUACAAUGGAUGAUUCGGCCACAGAUCCUGCGUGCAGCGACUUUAGCGAUUCUGUCAGUGUCAGCAGCUGUACGAGUGAACAACUACAACAACGGACCUCCUUUGUCGAGCAACUUGAACACGCUCCGAUGGACGCUUAUCAUUCACCAACGCAUGAGGAUACGAAGCGAGGCAACCAAAUCAUGGCAGCUCUACAAAUGGCUUUACAUGAGGGUAUCAUUCAGACCACGGUUGGCAACAAUCAUUACCAAUUUACACAUGACCGCUAUUAUCAGGCUGCAGCCAUGUUGAUUGAUGAAAAGGAUCGAGAAAGGAUGCAUCUACGUAUUGGACAAAUGUUUAUGGUGGAUAGCGACAGCGAUGAUGUUUUCAUGAUGGCGGAUCAUUUUGUCAAAAGUGUGGAUCUUAUCAAACGCUUCCGUAAUCGCACAAAGUAUCGGCAAGUGCUGUGCAAAGCAGGUGAAGAAGCUGUCAACUCGGGUGCUUCAAGAAUUGGACAUACCUAUUACUCGCAUGCAAUGGCACUGUUGCCUCCCAAUCCAUGGGUUGAAGAUGAAGAUAUUUUCUCACGUGACAGCUCCUAUCGUGAAACGCUCGACUUGUAUUUGCGCAUGGCGGAAUUGGAGUGGUGGAGCAAUCGUCGCACCGAGGCUGAUCAUUUACUCGAUGAGAUUAUGGCACAUACGGCGAAUCGACCUGUUGAACGUGCAAGAGCAUGGCGGGUUCAAGCACGCAUGUAUUUCCAACUUCAGCAAAAUGAUCGUGGCAUCGAAGCUAUUAUUGACGCAUUGAGAGAACUCGGCAUGAAUGAUGUCUUUUUAAAGGAUGAACCUGUACCUCUUCCUGCUGAUAACAGCAAUCCAGCCCAUAUUUUACUAUUGUAUACCCAAGUGAAGCAACAAAUCAUGGAUAUCGGAUUUGAAGCCUUGAGAGAUCGUGAGCGAUGCAAGGAUAGGCGUAUUUUAGCCAUCAUGACCUUGCUGAAUGAAGCGUGCACGGGUGCCUAUUGGCUCAGCCCCCAUCUCGUGGACUUGGUUGCUAUCAAGCUCGUACAGUUAUCUUUGAAGCAUGGAUACGGUGUUACCAGCGGCAGUGGUUUCACAUGGUUGGGAUGCACAGCAGCACGAUUGAAAGAAUAUGAAUUCGGUGCCAAACUUGGUGAGCUCGGCUUGGAUAUCAAUGGAAAGUAUGGAGGAAAUCCAGAGAUCGCACAAGCCAUUGUCGUCUAUCAUGGCAUGCUUUCACAAUGGUCUGGGUGCCAUUUUCGCAAUUGCAUUGCCCAUUUCGAACGAGCAUACAAGUAUGCUGUGGCAGGCGGUGACAAGAUAUUCUCCUCCAUGGCAUUAUUCCACAUUUCCACAACACUCUUUUAUACGGGAUGCAACCUUUCUGAAUUGCAAAGUUAUCUGGAUGAGCGCAUCGAUGAAUCAGCAGACGACGAAAAAGAUGUGGUGUUGACCCUCAAUGUCUCUUUAUGGCGUACCGUAUUGGCUCUUCAAGGGAAGACGACAGUGGAUAAGGAUAUGCAACAAGUGUUGGAUGACUAUGGCAUUGCCGAUUCCAGUUUCAAGGAACGCUUGUUUUUGGAUGAAGUACAUCGACAAAGCUCUAAUGCAGGCAGCAUUUUCAAUUGGCAUUGGAGUCUCAAGAUCAUUGUAUUGGUGCAUUUUGAUCGCCACCACGAAGCAGCACAACUUGGAUUUAAGAUACUUGAUACAGCCAUUCAUCAUCCUGGACAUCGACACAUUGGCAUUGCCAUCUUUUAUCACACGAUUGCUUUGAUUGCAUGUCUUCGAGACGACCAAUUGGAUGACGCGACUCGCAAUACGUAUCAUGGACAAAUCGAUCAGAACCGAGAAAUGCUUCAAGAAUGGGCGACACAUGCAACAACAAACUACCAAAUGUAUAAAGUAUUGGUGGAUGCGGAGAUGGCUACUUUGACGGAUGAUCCCAAGGCUGCACAAUUAUACAAUGACGCACUUGAAUUGGGCACCCAAGGCAAAUGGUAUCCCUUCUUGGCGUUGGCCUAUCAAUUGAUUGCUGAGCAAUACAUUCGACGCAACAUGCGAAUGCUGGCGAUGCCUAUGCUACAAGAAGCGCUUGGCAUGUACAAUGCCGUGGAUGCUUGGGGAGUCGCCCAUCACUUGACUGAAAAGCAUGACAGCGUCCUCAACAACAAUGAUGCAAAAAUGGUACAACCUGUGGAUGUUGCGGUCCAAACAGAUGAGCAAGAUGUAUAUCAAUCGGUUGAACAUGGUGCGGUUUGGGAUGAGAUUUUACCUACACCAACCAUCAGCGAAUUGAGUGGCAGUGACUCUUUGACUUCAGAGGCAGCUAUUCUUUCUCUUGAUAUUGUGGAUCUCACUUCUAUCAUCAAAAGCUCGCAAGUUAUUUCCAAUGAGAUGAAUUCCUUUGAUGAGCUACUAAAGAAGAUGAUGGGUAUUAUUAUGACCAAUUCUGCCGCUGAAUCGGGUGCCAUCAUUAUCAAAGAAGGCUCAUUUGGUGUUGCGGCACAUUCCAACCAAUCUGGAUGCGAGACGUACGACCCACCCAUGCCAUUGAAUGACGACAAAGGCCUUAUUUCGACAUUGGUGGUGCACUAUGUCAUCCACACGCAAACGAUCCUCUUUAUACCCAACAUACGCGAAGAUACCCGAUUCGCCACCGGGAAUUGGUUUGCACACACCGGGCCAAAAUCUGUCAUUUGUAUACCCUGCAUACACAAGAACACGCUUGUGGGCGUAUUAUACCUUCAAGCCAACCUCAACACGUUCACUCCCAAACACGUGACCGUUCUACAUAUCCUUUGUCACCAAAUUGGCAUCUCUAUCACCAACGCAUUAUUGUUCAAAUCGGUUCAAAAGGCUACACAAGCCAAUGCACGCAUGAUUGAAAAGCAACGGGAGGCUCUUGAGGAAGCUCGAUCAAGUCGCGAACAAGCUCUCAAAGCAACCAAGCUAAAGUCCAAUUUCCUUGCAAACAUGUCACACGAACUUCGGACACCAUUUUCUGGUUUUUAUGGAAUGAUUGAUCUUUUGACCGAGACACAAUUGGAUCCCGAGCAACGUGAAUUUGUAUUUAUCGCAAAGCAAAGUUGUGAAAUGCUUUUACAGAUCAUUGAUGAUCUAUUGGAUUUCUCAAAGUUGGAAGCUCGCAAAGUCAAAUUGCACUGUGGACUAUUCUAUAUCGAAGAUUUGAUCGAAGAUCGCGUGGAGCUUUUGAUCACCCUUGCGAGUAACAAGAAAUUGGAAUUGACGUGUUUUACCGAUCCUGAUGUGCCACCUAUGAUAUAUGGUGAUGGAAAUCGCAUUGGCCAGAUUUUGAUGAAUCUUAUUGGAAAUGCCAUCAAAUUUACGCAACAAGGAGAAGUUGUGGUGCGAUGCAGCGUUGAGAAAGAUCCACCAGGGCCACCGUUGAAAGAGGAUGAGCUGAUGCUCAAAUUCUCUGUCCAAGACACAGGCAUUGGAAUGAGUAUGGAAUCUAUCAAGAGCCUCUUUGUACCUUUUAGCCAAGUGGAUGGAUCGACGACAAGGAAUUUUGGAGGAACAGGUCUUGGACUUUCCAUUUGUUUGGAGCUUGUGCGGUUAAUGGGUGGCGAUAUUUGGGUUGAUUCAGAAAUCAAUCAAGGAUCCACUUUCCAUUUCCGAGUACGAGUGAUGAAGCCAUCCUCUGUGGCCGAGCCUGGUGUUGAUUCGGAUCGGCGUCAUCGAGAGAUUGAAGAAUUGAUUCAACUGGUGGGACCACGGCGUUUAUUGCUUAGCACUUCGGCACGUCAAGCGGAUAUGAUUAAGGGAUUAUUGCCAACAUUGGAUGUGGUUCGUGUCGAUACGCCUCAACAAGGUCUUGAAGUAGCCCGUGUUCAUGCCAAAGAGGGACAACCUUUUGAUUGUUUCUUGGUGGAUGCUCCACCCUCUGAAGCCAUGCGAGAGAUUAUCGAUGCGACUGAGAUGGAUCCAAUAUUACGUGGUCUCCAUAUCUUGUUACUAUACGCACCAGCCAUGGAUAGUAUCCGCCGCCAAAUUGUAGCUGGAAAGGCAGUUCGUAGUGAACUUCAGCAACAUGCAUAUGAUGCCAGAGUCACACGCAUCACCAAACCUGUACGUCGAGGCAAGCUUCUCAAGACAUUUAUUCAAGUGUUUGAUCUCAAGGUGCCAUCCUAUUUAUCCAAUCAUCACGAAUCUCUGGAAACUGAACGCAUAACACCACCCACGCCUUUGGUAUCCACCAUUGCUCGAGGUGCAGCAGCAGCAUUGACACGACGUGUGCAUGAGACGGAGGAUGAUACGAUCCCAACCAAUACCAUUUCUGCCGAGAAUGAACCACAUGAUAUCAAGCCUUCGUUUUCAUCUCCUUACAUGAAGCAACGGAGCAAUGAAGCAUUUACACCCGAGGAGUUGGCCAUUUUCCAAGGACAGCGUAUCUUGGUUGCAGAGGAUAAUCCAGUCGCCCAAAAGCUGCUUGUCAAACAAUUGGCCCGAUUAGGCUUUGUAGUAGAAACAUGUAAUAAUGGUUUCGAGUGUAUCAAGACGUGGACAAAGCGAGGACCUGAGUACUUUUUACUUGCAUGGAUCGAUCACCAUAUGCCUGGAUGUGAUGGUAUUGAAGCAACAAAAAAGAUUAGACAAUUGGAAGCUGAAAUGCAUGUGGCAGAGCCAAUGCCUAUCAUUGCUCUCACAGCUGAUGUUCAAAAAACAGCCCAACAAAAAUGUCUCGAUGCAGGAAUGACGGAUUAUUUGGUCAAACCAUUAAUGCAAAAGGAUCUCGCAGCUGUACUUCGUCGAUAUUGUAGUCCCCAACAUUUAUAUACGCCAUCAUCAUAA